CCUGGCGUGGAAGUCAAGUUGAAGUAAAACUCCUCUCUUCCGAUUCUCUCUCCCUCACUUUCGCUCGAACGCAGUAUGGCACCCACAACCAGCAGCUGGCGCAGGCCCUACACCUCCAUCUACAAUGAUAAUUACCGAUACGGCACGGGACUUUAUUCGGAUACUUUGUCCGACAUUGAAAAAAGAUACUCCAAUUCGCUCUCCAAGACACAGCUGAGAUCGGACAGGCCCGACCUCGCCUUCACCACUUUCGCCGGGUCAACUCUCACGUCCUCCCCUACCCCUGGCGGAGAUGGUACCAGUAGCAAAAGGGAAUCGUUGGCCCGUCAGACAUCACGAACGGAGGACAGGUCCAGUCGUUUGGAAAGUCGACUGGACGCCACUUCAUAUGAAUUAGAUGAUGAAGUUCAGAAUGUCAUCAAUAGGAGAAAUAAAAUGAGGGCGGCCAUGGCUGAUUCGAUCCGCGAGGAGGGGCGCAGGGCGGAUGAAUUUAUGUCAAGGGAGGACAGACGACCCAAGAGCGUCAACCUGUAUGAUGAUGCCGCCUUCUUUUCGCUGCCCAAAACAACCAAAGAGUACAGCAGCGACUUUGACGUGGAAUCAUCCCUGACUACCAAGAGGAAAGUCACGAGCGGGGGUCACACCACCUCCACCAACGGUCCCAGCUCUCACCACUGGCGAGAGAAAAGCCGUACGUUGCAAAACCAGGUGGAAUCUUUAGAAAAUAGCAUCUCGGGCGCCAGCAGUAAGCUGCAAGCAGAAUUGUCCAACCUCAAAUCCAAGUACCAUUCUGAAGUGACCGAUCUCAGUAGCAUUGUCGAUAACACCUCUCAACAAGUGAGCGACUUGCAAAAACUUUGCAAGAGACAGGCCAAUCAAUUGCUGGAGUUACAGUCGGCCUACGAAGACGCCCAGAGGAACAUACAGGACAUCCUCCUAGAAGUGGAUCUGUGGCAGAACAAGUGCAAGUCGCUCAAGAAAGAGAUGGAUAGGUUGAGACAGGAUGUCGAAUUGGCGUUGACGAAAAAAAGUAAAGAUUAAGGGAUUUUGAAUAUCACCAGACCGUUUUCUUUUCAAGUUCCUCCCAUGGUGUACUGACUCUAGACGCUGCCGUAGUAAUGGUAUUCGUCUGCUGUUCUGAAGCAAUCAUGGAUAAACAGGAGAACCAAUUAUUUUUCUUGAAGAAGCAUGCGAAUGCUGGAUUGUAACCCUAUAAUAAAUGUCUCUUAGUUUUCUAA